AUGGCGGCGGGAGCGGAGCAGCGCGGAACCGGCCUGGAGGCCGCGGUGCGGGGCGGGCUGCGCGUCCUCCGGGAGCGCUGGAUGCGGGGCAACCGGCGGGGCUCCGCGCCCGCCCCGCUCCCGGCGCUCCCGGAUGGUGCGGAGGGAGAGAGCGCCCUGCAGGCGCUGCCGAUCGACGUGCAGCUGAGCAUCAUGUCCUUCCUCUCGCCCCAAGAUGUGUGCCGCUUAGGAAGCACGAGUUGUUACUGGAGGGCGGCUGUGCAAGACCCGUUGUUGUGGAGAUAUUUUCUCCUCCGGGAUCUCCCCUCUUGGACAUCUGUUGAUUGGAAAUCGCUUCCAGAGGAGGAGAUUUUUAAUAAAGCCUUUUCAGAGGUCAGCGACAAUGCGCUGUAUGAUUACAUGGCAGCAUAUAAAAGGAGCUGUCCUCAGGGUAGAAGAAGUUUGAAAUCAAGCCGUCCUCGGUAUGAGGCUGUGACUUCCUUUUUGCAAUCACUGGUCACUCAGGCAGAACCUCGCUUUGCUAUGUUUGGGCCAGGUUUGGAAGAGCUGGACAACUCAUUAGUGCAAAAGAUGAUGACAUGCCCAGAAAUUCUACUGGUAGCUGGCCUACCUCAUAGACAAAUUCAUGGAAUUGGAUCAGGAGUCAGUUUUCAGUUUAACAGCAAUCAAAAAUUUAAUAUUGUGACACUGUAUUCCACCACGAGUGUGGAAAGGAGGAGAGCAAGGGAAGAGCAAUCUGUUGCUGUGAAUAAGAUGUUUUACCAAGAGAACAGCACAGUAGGUAAUCAGCAAGCCACGCACUACAGUGUAAUAGAUCAAGUGAAGAAGGUGUGUGAAGUAGUUGAUGGAUUCAUUUAUGUUGCUAAUGCAGAAGCUCAUAGAGAGCAUCAUCGUCAGGAGGAGCUGGCUCGUAUUUUGGCAAUGAUUGAUCCAGCCCUUGGGCCUCCAAACAGACCUCUGCUGGUUUUGUCUUGUGUGUCUCAUGUUGGUGUGAGAAGAAUUCCAUGUGUUUACGUGGCACAUCAGUUGCAACUAAAUCUGCUGCAUCAGCCCUGGAUGAUGCAGGACACUGUAGCUGCAACUUUAGAUGGAUUGCUAAAUGGAAUUGAGUGGCUUUUGGAAGAAGCAAAUUGUAAAAGUGCUCAGUAAUAGAAUUAGGCAUCAUUGCACUGUGUAAACCCUUUGGUGUUUUCCAUUUCAGUUGAAGUAAGAAUUUUGUCCUUCCUGCCAGAGUACUGUCAGAAGGGAAAACCAGAAGGCAAACCUGCCUAUAUUUCACUGCGCAUACUUAAAUCCGUAACAUUUUUCCAACAUUUUUCUGAAUUAGGAGUACAAGUAGUAUUGUCUGGAUUCCAGCUGCAAUGAAGAAGUGAUUUGGAGGGAUAAUCUGUGUGUUUUGUUUUGUUGUUUUUCUCUCCUUUCAACCAGAGGCCUUUAGAGUACAAUCUUUUCCAAUACAUCAAAUGGUCUAAUAUCUUCUGUAAAUGUAUGUGUAACACUACAUUAAAUUAUCAGCACAGCCCUAUCACACAUCUAGUAAGUAUAUGCAGUGAGACUUCCUGACCAAAGAAAACAUACUGUAGGUUGUACAGUAGGAGGCCGAUAGAAAGACAGUAACUCUUGAUUUCAGAAAAGGGAGUUCCCCUGUAUUUUUCUAAAAAAAAAAAAAGCCUAGAUACAAAAGAGUGGGGGGGAUUUUCAGCCCUGACCAAAUUUCAUAGAAACAACAAACACUGCUGUGUAUGAAUUGUUGUUUCUUUGUUGUGAUUUUACUUACUAACCAACCAUGACAGACUUCAGCAUCUUUUGUUUUCUGUUGCACUGAAAUCAUUAGCUUGAAUUGGAUAUGCCUCUGACUCCACAAAAAUAUGUUAAAUGGGAUCAUUCAGGACUUUAUUGCACACACAGACUAUCAGGUUUUCCAAAUAGUUGUGGCCAUUUGCAGAUGUGAAUUAAUACCUGUCUUGAAAUUUUCUAUACAGUUGCAAAUAGUUUUAUGAAAAGCAAAGCAGCAUUUUAAAGCUGUAAUUGUGUUUUCCAUAUUGAUGUCUUUGGGGUUAGUCAUAGUCUUUGACCUUUUAAUGUUUUUAUUACUGGUUUUAUUACUGGGUUCGGAAACUCCACUUAGAUUUCUUGCCUGGGUCUUUAUUUGCUUUAUUCUGGGCUUUUUUUUCUUUUCUCCUAUCUUCAUGGAAAUUCAGGUGUCACCAUUAUUUUUUUGAUACCUAGAUAAAUGAUUGCAUGGUGCACAUACAGCUGUAACUGCCCUCAAUCUGGGAUACUUCAGUGAUGAUCAACACAGCCAUGUCAGAAACAUUCUGUUGGAGAUGUUUGGGAUUUUUUUCAUGAACUAGAAAGUAUAUAUUUUUUUCAUCUUUAUGUGUAAUAAAAAUAUCUAGAAAGAUGAAUUAAUGUGUUUCAAGGGAAAAUACAAAGGAAUAUAUAUACAAUGAAGAUUCUGUGGUUUAACCUUUUUUUUUCCCAAUAGUGUAUAUGUGUUUUGCCCUUUAAAAUAGAGCAGACACAAUGGAUUUAUGAGUAUUUGGGGUAAAAUUCCAUGCUUUGUGACUGGGUGUAUGUGAUUUUCAUCCUAAUCACAUUAAUUUCAUAGUGGUAUGUAUGUAUGUAUGUAUGUAUGUAUGUAUGUAUGUAUGUAUGGGAUCAAAUGCAGCAACCUGAUUCUAUGUUAGGUACUUUGAAUUUGGGGGGGUUAUGGAAGAUCGUCUUUCUAUUUUCUUCAUAAGAAAUAAAUAAUUUUUAAAAGAA